UCCAUGCGCCGGAUCAAUCGAGGGACAGUGGGGGGAUAUUUCUUGGCUGGAAGGAAGAUGAUGUGGUGGCCGAUUGGCGCUUCUCUCUUUGCCAGCAACAUUGGCAGUGGGCAUUUUGUGGGAUUGGCAGGCACCGGAGCAGCGAAUGGCCUGGCCGUGGCAGGAUUUGAAUGGAAUGCUAUAUUUUUUGUUCUUCUCCUGGGAUGGUUCUUUGUUCCAGUUUACCUCUCUGCUGAGGUUAUCACAAUGCCCCAGUACCUGAAGAAACGUUUUGGAGGCCAACGGAUCCGUCUCUACCUCUCCAUCCUAUCUCUCUUCAUGUACAUCUUCACCAAAAUAUCAGUGGACAUGUUUUCUGGUGCCGUCUUUAUCCAGCAAGCCCUGGGCUGGAAUAUUUAUCUGGCUGUCAUAGCACUUCUGAUCAUAACCACCAUUUAUACCGCGACAGGAGGAUUAGCAGCCUUGAUGUACACGGACACAGUCCAGACUUUUGUCAUGAUUGGAGGCUCUUUCGUUCUGAUGGGGUUUGCUUUCAAUGAAAUCGGAGGUUAUCAAGGAUUAUUUGACAAAUACAUGGAGGCUAUUCCCAAGCAGACACUUUCACCCAUCCCUGCCCUCUACAACAUCUCGUCUUCCUGCUACCUGCCCCGUGAAGACUCCUUCCACAUGAUCAGAGAUGCCACCACUAGCGAUCUGCCCUGGCCAGCUCUCAUCAUCGGCCUUUCCAUCAACUCUCUCUGGUAUUGGUGCAGUGACCAGACGAAGUAGCUUGUGUCAUUCCGGAUGAAUGCAAACAAAUAUGUGGCACAGAAGUUGGGUGUUCUAACAUUGCCUAUCCAAAACUGGUUGUGUCUCUCAUGCCAAAUGGCCUUCGGGGGCUGAUGUUAGCAGUGAUGCUGGCAGCUCUCAUGAGCUCCCUGGCCUCCAUCUUCAACAGCAGCAGUGCCCUCUUCACCAUGGACAUCUACAAACGCUUGAAGCCCCAAGCCAAGGAGAGGGAGCUGUUGAUUGUGGGCCGGGUGUGGAUCUUGCUGCUUGUGGGCAUCAGCAUUGCAUGGAUCCCUGUGGUACAAGUUGCCCAAGGAGGACAACUCUUUGAUUACAUCCAGUCCAUCAGCAGCUAUCUAGCCCCACCCAUUGCUGCCAUUUUUCUCCUUGGAGUCUUUGUCAAAAGGCUUAAUGAGCAGGGUGCAUUCUGGGGCAUGAUGGGAGGACUAGCCAUAGGCAUGGCCCGAAUGAUCCCAGAAUUCGUCUAUGGGACAGGGAGCUGUCUCUUCCCAAGCAACUGCCCUCGCCUGAUCUGUGGGGUCCACUACCUUUACUUCGCCAUUAUCCUAUUCUUGGCUACAGCUGCCAUUGCAAUGGGGGUCUCACUCUGCACUUCACCAAUUCCUGAUAAACACCUGCAUCGCCUGGUAUUCAGCCUCAGGCACAGCAAAGAGGCACGGGUCGAUCUGGAUACGGAAGAGGAGGAGGAGGAAGCAAAACAGCAGCAGCAGCAAGCAGAGAAUGCAGUCACCGGGAAUGAAAGACCAGAGCUGAUCUUAGAAGUAGAUGAUCCUAAAACAAGGACUUCUUGUGGCCGACUACGCCAAGGCCUGGCCUGGUUUUGUGGGAUGAAUUCUGGCAGCCCAAAGGAGCCAGAACUCAACCCAGAAGAGGACAAGGAUUUCCAGGAUCUGGCAGGGAUCACGGAGCACACCCUCUGGAAGCAAGUAGUCAACAUUAAUGCUGUGAUUAUGAUGGCCCUGGCCAUCUUCAUGUGGGCCUUCUAUGCCUGACGGUCCUCAACAACAGAAUAUGUUGCUCACCAGCCCCUCCAGCUGCAUCCCAUCCACCGAUCAGGUUAACCCAGAGAACAACAGGAGGAAAAAGAGGGCACCAGGAGGGACUCCCUAACAGUCCCCUGGGCCAUUUGCCAUCAUCCAAAUCACUGAAGAUCUAACUGUGUCACUCAAGUCAAAAUUCACCAAAUAUCAUCGUAAGACAAUCUUAAGUUAUAUAACAUCAUGAAAAAGAAAUGCCAUUCAAAACUAUUGACAGCUGAAGUUAGGGAGAAACUUGUCCUUCUUAAGUAUCCUGAUGAUUUGGAACAUUCUGUUUUCAGAGUCUUAGAUGUCAGGCAGGAAGCACCAAGGCCACAUGCUAAGUUCCAAUUAAACUAAUAUAUUGGUUGUGCCCAGGUAUAGGAAUCUAGUCAACUAAUGGUUAGCACCAUUUUGAUGGCAGAUAAGGAUCGAGGUUCAUGAUUUAAUUAGAGCAUCUGUUGGAAUCCCAACAGCUAAUGGAAUUCAAGAGGAGUUAGACCAGUGAGUCUCAACCUUCCUAAUGCCAUGACCCUUUAAUACAGUUCCUCAU